AUGGCGGCAAUGGGGACCAGCGGCCCCGGCGCCUGGAGUCCCGGGUCCGCGGCGGCGGCGGCGGCGGCCAGCAAACACACCGUCACCAGCUUCCAGAGAAGGGGUCCUAGAGCCAGCGGCGCCGAGAGCGGCGGCUCCCGACUGGUGUCCAUCGCAGGCACACGACCGUCGGUGCGGAACGGGCAGCUGCUGGUAUCAACCGGGCUCCCAGCCCUGGACCAGCUCUUAGGUGGAGGUUUGGCUGUUGGAACAGUUCUUCUUAUUGAAGAGGAUAAAUAUAAUACUUACUCUCCUUUGCUCUUCAAGUAUUUCCUGGCAGAAGGAAUCGUCACUGGGCAUACUUUGUUGGUCGCAUCUGCAAAAGAAGACCCUGCUGACAUAUUACAGGGACUUCCUGCACCGUUACUUGAUGAUAAUUAUAAAAAAGAACUUGGUGAAGAUGUACAUAAUGAUGAAACACCAGAAUUUAACAGUAAGAUGAAAAUAGCUUGGCGUUAUCAGCUGUUACCUAAGAUGGAGGCUGAACCAGUAUCAUCUUCAAAAUUUGGUCACUAUUAUGAUGUAUCAAAAAAAAUACCACGAGAACUAAUAGAGGCUUCAAAAUGGCAUGGAUUUUUUCUUCCAGAAAAAAUACCUUCAACUCUUAAUGAAGAAUCCUGUUCUUUGACCCCUGGCUACUUAAAGCUGCUUCAGUUUAUUCAGAAAACCAUUUACGAGGAAGGAUUUGAUGGAUCCAAUCCCCAGAAAAAACAGAAAAACAUUUUACGAAUAGGAAUCCAGAGUCUUGGUUCACCUUUGUGGGGAGAUGACGUCUGCUGUUCAGAAAACUGUGACAACAGUCAUAGCCUUACAAAAUUCCUCUACGUUCUCCGUGGCCUUCUGCGCACCUCUCUCUCAGCCUGCAUCAUCACCGUGCCAACACAUUUCAUCCAGAAUAAAGCAAUUAUUGCUCGUAUUACAAACUUGUCAGAUACAGUCAUCCAUCUGGAGUCCUUUAUUGGUUCUAACAGAGAAACCAACCCAUUAUAUAAGGAUUAUCAUGGUUUGAUUCACAUACGUCAGAUUCCUCAGCUUAAUAACUUGAUGUCUGAUGUGUCAGAUGUCAAAGACUUAGCUUUUAAAUUGAAAAGAAAGCUAUUCGUCAUUGAGCGACUGCAUUUGCCUCCAGACUUGUCAGACACAGUGAGCCGCUCGAGCAAACCGGAUCUGGCAGACUCCACCAAGCUGCUGGGCCCAGGCUGCGGCAUGAUGGCCGGAGGCAAGAAGCACCUGGACUUCUAG